CACUAAUAACUAAUUAACGAACCGCCUGUGUGUACUAUGCGGACCAAAACACAGACACGUCUCUCUCUUCUCUUCUCUUCUCUCUCUCACACUCUCACUCCCACAAUUCCUCCUCUUUAAAACCCUAAUCUCUCUCUCUCUAUUUCUCUAAUGAUCUGUGUUUGAUCGCAAACUGAGGAGGAUGCGGAUACUGAGGUCACACGGCGGCUUCAAAGUCUCAAUCUUUGAGUCCCAUCACUCCAAGGUUGGGCUGCGCCACAUCGCCACCGCCUGCAGAGCCGUGGUGCUGCCGCGCUUCGGCGGGCCCGAGGUCCUGGAGCUCCGGCCCAUUGUCGACGUUCCUGAUCUCAAGCCCAAUGAGGUCCUCGUUCGCACUCGCGCCGUCUCAAUCAAUCCCCUUGAUACCAGAAUGCGGUCUGGCUAUGGUCGUUCAAUAUUUGGACCUCUGCUUCCUCUAAUUCUGGGACGUGAUAUUAGUGGUGAAGUUGCAGCUGUGGGAGCUUCAGUUAAGGGACUUACUGUAGGACAAGAAGUUUUUGGUGCAUUGCAUCCGACUGCUGUGAGGGGUACUUAUACUGAUUAUGCAAUUCUUUCAGAAGAUGAACUUGCACCAAAACCAGCGUCAAUUACACAUGUGGAAGCAAGUGCCAUUCCUUUUGCUGCGUUGACUGCUUGGCGUGCUCUAAAAGGUACUGCAAGGAUAUCUGAGGGGCAAAGGCUCUUAGUGGUGGGUGGUGGAGGAGCUGUAGGUUUUGCUGCAGUCCAGCUUGCAGUAGCCGCAAGGUGCCAUGUUACUACUACAUGUGGAAGCCAAAGUAUAGAUCGAGUUUUGGCAGCUGGUGCUGAGCAGGCUGUUGACUAUACCGCUGAGGACAUGGAAAUGACAAUAAAGGGGAAGUUUGAUGCUGUCUUGGACACCAUUGGUGGGCCAGAGACGGAAAGAGUAAGCAUAAGUUUUUUAAAGAAAGGCGGGCACUAUAUGACACUUCAGGGUGAGGCAGCAUCUUUGACUGAUAGAUAUGGGAUAGCAAUUGGGCUUCCAGUUGCUACUGCUGUUUUACUGAAGAAACAGAUCCAGUACCGGUCUUCUCAUGGAAUAGAGUACUGGUGGACCUUCAUGAGGGCAGACUCAGAAGGGUUACAUGAGAUCCGGAGGCUAUCUGAAGCUGGAAAGUUAAACAUACCUGUGGAGAAAACAUUUCCCAUCACUCAAGUGAGAGAGGCUCAUGAGGCAAAGGAGAAGAAGCAGAUUCAUGGUAAAGUAGUGCUCGAACUUGACUGAAAGAAAAUAGCACUAGCUCACACUAUCCUAUUUCUCGUACAUUCCUCACUAUUUUGCCUUGGUAUCUAUGUUGGUUGUCGCUCUUCACCAUUUGUUUGGAGAGAGAGGUUACUGCAUUCUAGGCCUUCUCCGUGCAAUAAUAACUAGCAGUUGUACAGGGGUCAAAAGUUCUUUUUUUAUAUCUGGUUUGCAAUUUGUAAAUGUUUGAGAAUGUUCAGUUAAUUCAGUUAGAUCUUUAUAAUGGCCUUAUACUGUAAUUAUUUUAUAUAUUUAUACUUAGUCCAA